AUGGCACGACGUUUGGUGUCGUACAGCGACCUAGCUGACGACGUGGCAACUUCUUCCGACAUUAGCUCAGUCGUAGGUGGGUCUAAGAGGAAGCGUGGUGUCGGUGUUGGAGGGGCCGUUAAGCAUUGGGACGAUCCGUCUUCUUCGGGGUCCGACAUGGACAACCAAGGUGCGGAAGAAGGUUUAAAUGAUGGUGAGGAGGGGGAAGGGGGGUAUGCAUGGAAGUACGACGAGUUUGGACGAUUAGCUGGGGACACGACUACCCCGAUUGAAGAGGAGUUCGAUUUCGACGUGCCGUUUUCCAUCCCCUCACCUCCCCUUCCCUACUCUGACCACAAAUUCCAAGAGGAGGUUGAUGUGGAACGGACACAUCGACCGCCUGUUGAAGUGGGAGGAGGAGGUCGAACGCUUCUGCACUCGGAAAUCUGGUCGAGCGCGGCAAUUGUCGAUGCAUUCAAAGCCGCACACCACCAAUACCUCGCCCACCACAUCCCCACCACCAACACCAACACCAACACCGAGAAAGUUCCGGUGUCACCUCUGUGGACAGAAGCUCCGCACCAUAAAAGCCUCCUAGCACAACAAGUAAAGGCCGAUACACUCCAAAUCCUCGCCCAAAACAAACCCUCCGCAAAGUCAAAUCAACCCUCGCGCACAUCACUUUUAUCCACCGCUACGCACGUCCCAGCGGCAGAGAUCGACGGAAACGCAGCCUGGAAAAAAGCCGUCAAAACCGUACAAUCCACCCCAAACACAAUAGGCAGCACCGAAUGGAACGCUGGCUACAAGGCCGGCUACAACGACGCCCUCAACCACAUCCCUCCACAGAUCUGA